AUGAAGUAGAAAUAUUGGCCACUAUGGUCAUUUUUAAAUAUUAUACCAGUUCUCAAUCUCAAAUAGGCAUGAAAGACUUGAGAAAUUAAUGAGCCACUUGCAAAUAAUCUGACCAGAUCCUCCAUUUGAUGUCACUUAACUUUCCAUUUCAUAUCCUUCGUUUAUAAAUGAAAAACUAUCAAUCUAACAUAUACCCAACUAUAUAACAACUCUAAGAUAUUAAUUUCUCGAUGCUGGUUUUCAUGGCAAGGCUGAGAAUUUGCAUAUUUGGACCUCUUCUUAUUUGGAUUUCAUGUUGUUGUACUCUACUUGUUUAUGGACAAAUUACACAUCCUUUGGAAGUGAAUGCUUUAAAAGCAGUCCAUCGUCAACUCAUUGAUCCACUUGGCAGACUUAAGAACUGGAGAAAAAAAGAUCCAUGUACCUCACUUUGGACAGGGCUAUUCUGCACCAACACUACCUAUGAUGGUUAUUACCAUGUCAAAGAAUUACGGUUGCUAAAUAUGAAUUUAUCUGGAACCUUAGCCCCCGAGCUUGGCCAGUUCAAGAACAUGACUAUAUUGAAUUUUAUGUGGAAUAAUAUAAGUGGCAGCAUACCAAAGGAGAUAGGAAGUAUGACUUCUUUAAAACUUCUACUCUUAAGUGGAAAUGAAAUAUCAGGUCCUUUACCAGAUGAGCUGGGUAAUCUCAGUAAGUUAACAAAAUUUCAACUGGACAUAAACCGUAUUUCAGGACCAAUUCCUAAAUCAUUUGCAUACAUGCCGAAUGUCCAACACUUUCACAUGAACAACAAUUCAAUAAGCGGCCAGAUACCUCCAGAGCUAUCUAAUUUACCUAGCCUGGUGCAUUUCCUGUUGGAUAACAACAAUUUAUCAGGGUAUCUUCCUCCAGAAUUAUCAAUGAUGAAAAGUUUGAAGAUCUUGCAAGUCAACAACAAUAACUUUAGUGGGACUGAAAUUCCUGAUUCUUAUGCAAAUAUGUCCCAAUUGUUGAAACUGACUCUUAGGAACUGCAACUUGCAAGGAAGAAUUCCUGAUUUCAGUAGUGUACCUGGUCUCUUCUACUUAGAUCUUAGCUCAAAUCAACUCAGUGGAAGUAUACCAACAAACAAGCUUUCAGACAAUAUCACCACUAUUGAUUUAUCCAAGAACAAACUUGAUGGACCGAUUCCUGAAAGUUUCACAGGCUUUCCUAAACUCCAGAGAUUGUCACUUGAGAAUAAUUCAUUGAAUGGUACCAUUCCUUCUACUUUCUGGAGGAAUAUUUUUCUCAGUACUGAAACAAAACUCAGCGUGAAUCUUCAACAUAACUUGUUUUCAAAUCUAUCAGGCAGCCUGUAUCCUCCUUCAAAUGUCACUAUCAUGCUGCAAGGUAAUCCCAUUUGUACAAGAGCAAAUGAACAAGACAUAGUUCGAUUCUGUGGACAAGAAGAGAAAGAACUUGACGAACCUCCAAGAAAUUCUAGUAGUUCCCUUGACGAAUGCAAACCCCAAUCAUGUCCGAAAAAGUUUUAUGAGUAUGUUCCAAAUUCUCCUACUCCUUGCUUUUGUGCUGCACCAAUGGGAGUUGGGAUACGAUUGAGAAGUCCUAGCAUAUGGGAUUUUCGACCAUAUGUUGGUCAAUUUCAGAAAUAUAUGGCUGAUAAUCUUUUAGUGGAACCUUAUCAACUUGACUUAGGUUCAUUCAUAUGGCAAGAGGGUCCUAGGCUACUAAUGCUUCUAAAAGUAUUCCCUCAGUACAACAAUAAUUCUAAUGAGUUAAAUACAAGUGAGCUUCAACGUGUGAUGAACACGUUUGCUACAUUUGCAUUUCCUUCAAAUGAUAUCUUUGGCCCAUAUGAUCUCCUAAAUUUUACUCUCCUUGGACCUUAUAAAGAUGUUAUCAUUGUCACACAGUCAGGAUCAGGUAUGAACAAAAGGCUUUUGGUCGGAAUUGUCUUAGGAGCAAUCUCUUGUGGAAUGACGGUACUUGGGGCAAUUGCAUAUCUUAUUUCUAGAAAUAAUGAAGAAGAUAAAGUUGUGAAAAGAAAAUAUACACAAAAAGCUCCUAGCCAUUUUGAUAGUGUAAAAGGAUUCAGCUUCGUUGAACUUGAAAUUGCCACAGACAAUUUUAAUAUGACCUCUCAAGUUGGGCAAGGAGGCUAUGGGAAAGUUUACAAGGGCAUUCUAGCAGAUGGCACAGUUGUGGCAGUCAAACGUGCUCAACAAGCAUCCUUACAGGGUGAGAGAGAAUUUUUUACAGAAAUAGAAUUACUCUCCCGAGUACAUCAUCGCAACUUGGUUUCAUUGGUUGGCUUUUGUGAAGAAGAUGGAGAACAGAUGUUAGUAUAUGAGUUUAUGGCUAAUGGCUCUCUUUACAGUCUCCUCUCUGCUAGGUUUCGAAGCUCUCUUACUUUUGCUAGGAGAAUGCAAAUUGCAUUAGACUCUGCAAAGGGAAUUCUUUAUCUUCAUACUGAAGCAGAUCCACCAAUAAUCCACCGUGACAUAAAAUCAAACAACAUAUUGUUGGAUUCAAAAUUUACUGCAAAAGUUUCUGACUUUGGAAUCUCAAAGCUUGCACCGGUUCCCGAUGGCAAAGGGGAAACAAGGGGUCAUGUGUCCACAGUUGUGAAGGGCACACCAGGCUACCUUGAUCCUGAUUACUUCUUAACUCACAAGUUAACUGACAAGAGUGAUGUGUACAGCAUUGGAAUUGUAUUUCUUGAACUUUUAACAGGGAUGCCACCCAUUUCUCAUGGUAGAAACAUUGUUCGAGAGGUUAACACCGCAUGUCAAUCUGGGAAUAUGGAAACCAUGAUAGACAGGGACAUGGGGUCUUACAACUUUGAGUGUGUGAAGAAAUUCAUGCAGUUAGCUCUCAAGUGUUGUCAAGAGGAAGCAAAAGGGAGACCAACAAUGUUGGAGGUUGUUCGAGAGUUAGAGAACUUGUGCUCAAUGCUUUCACAAUCUAAGACCAGUCAUUCAGACUUUAAUGCCUCCUCUUCAACAUCAUCAGCAUCAGUUGGAUUAGGGCUAACACCAUCGCCCAAUUAUGACAGGAAUAUGUAUAUGACAACUGAUUAUGCUGCUGGAAGUAACCUUGUGAGUGGUGUUUUUCCUGACAUCAGGCCUCGCUAGUUAUCCUUCAUUGCUCUUUCUGUACAUAAACAUCUAUAGUCAAGUCCUUUUUUUUUGGGGUUCCUAUUUGCUAUUAAAUUAGUGAGAUUUUAGUUGAUCGUGUAGUUAACUAAUACCACUAGGGAGAUACAUAAACUUGAGUGAUUUUAGUUGAUUUAGUUGUUAUUCAAUUCUGAAUGUAAAGUUGCAUUAUUGUCGUACGUAUCGCUUGUCUAUAUAGGAAGAACGGUUGUUCCAACUAUUUCCCUUGUACUUAUUUACUUAAGAAUAGACAUUUCAUCUUCUGAAUGAUAUUUACAGUUGUAUUUUAUUGUA